CGCCGCCGCGACGAUCCCGAUCCCUUGCCUCGUUCUCAAUAUGCGCGCGGGAAUUUCUGUCGCCGUGUUUCACAAACUGAACAUGAGUCGGUUCGAUUGACCCGAAGAAGCUCCAUUGAUUUGGAGGCUAGAAAUCGAGACCAUGUUGAAGAUUAUGCCAGUGUAGCUAGCAGACCAAGGCGAAUCAGAAACAAUCAACUUCCUGAUGAUGUAGUACAAGCAAGAGAGAGACUUCUUGAGAGGCUAGGAAGUGUGUCCCUUACAGCAACCAGGGAAGAUGAAGCUUUGAGACGUUCGUUCAACUCUGACCUACAAUAUCUUGAUUUUACUCCCCACAAUAGCAAGAAGUCUUUUAGCGUUAGCUGGGAAGCUCUGUGUAAUCUUUACCUAGAAGUUUACAGAAAUUCUGAAGAAAUUGGGCAAAUAACAGCAUCACAAGAGUGCUGUAUAUGUUUAGAGAGUUUCUGUGAAGGAGACGGGCUGAUAAGGCUGCAGUGUGGACAUCGGUUUCAUACUGUGUGCUUAAAACCAUGGGUCCGAACCUGCAGCUAUUGCCCGUAUUGUCGAAGAAAUAUAUAACGUGUUAGAUCACAGUCUGAUGAUGAUACUGUAUUUUGCUGCCGUAAGCUUAAUGUACUUUCGAGCCUUAACUGAAGUAUGUGACGUGUAUGUGUAUAAGGAAUGUAUCAGUCGUAUGCCCUAUUUCAAGUAUGUGAAAUAUAUUUGUAUAAGAGAUGUAUUUAGUGAUAUGAGGAGAUUUUACUGAAUAAAAACGAGGGUCUUUGUGAAAGUUAUAGGUUUACAGAAAAUAUCCCUAUGAUUUGUAGAAAUGACAGCAGAUCCUUAGAAGGA